ACGCUGAGUCGAUUUUUUCCAAGGUCCCAAACCAAAGACAAGCGUGAGUGACAAGUGUGUCAGGAUUGCAAAAAAAAAAAGCAGCAUUGUGUGUGUGUGUAACAUGUAAAUGGAAAGUGUGUGUAUAUGCGUGGGUUUGUGUGUAUGUUUCAUAUAGAACAUGUAUGUAUAUGUAUGUGUGUGUUUUGUGUUUGUUGGACCACUUUAAUGUGGUGUUUGUGUGUGUAUGAGGUUUUGUAUGUUUGUAAUUUAGCAUAUCGUGUGUGUGUGUGUGUGUGUGUGUGUGUGUGUGUGCGUGUGCGUGUGCACGCGUGCAUUUUUCAGUCGACCUGUAUGUAACAUAUAAGUGUAAACUGUGUGUGUGUGUGUGUGUGUGUGUGUGUUAACAAGUGUGUGUAUAUGUAUUGUCUGACAGGUAGCCAGAUAACCUAAAAAAAAAAAGAAAAAAAAAGCGCAGCAAAGAGAGACAGGCCGACACAGGGAAUGAGAAAAACUGCGUGGGAAGGGGGGAGUACUGGUAUGGUUGGGGGCACAUGCCAGUGAACUAUGUGAGGGGACGCGGCGACUGGGGGGUGGGGGGUGCGAGGGGAUGUCGGAUUGUUGCAAACAGGGAUUUGCAUCAGCGGGGAAAGAAAGGAAGGGGGCAGUGGCAUUGACUGACAGAGCGCUAUAGACACUCACACACGCUCACACACUCACACACACUCAGUGUCCUCCUGUCAGUCACGCAGUCGGUGCGUCCACUCUUUUUUUUUUUGUGUGUGUCUGUGUGUGUGCGUGUGUGUGUGCCGUCAUGUCGACCGCAGCUCAUCGUCCAUCUCUAUGACUGACGGACCAGAGAGACAGACACACGGACACAAGGAAUCCCGCUUGGAAAUAGAGGAAGCUCCUCACUCUGCCUACUUGUCGCUGCCGUCUAUGAGCCGCCCUGAGGCUCCCCGGUGGAUUUCCCAGCAUUCCUGACAGACAGCAGAUAUCAUGUCCUCACCCUCCCUCCCCAUGAACUCCCUCCCCCCCAGCCCGCUGGCCAUGGAGUAUCUCAACGACUUUGACCUCCUCAAGUUCGAGGUGAAACCCGACACGCCGCCGCUCUCCACUCAAUGCGGGUACCCCAAAUCGGGCGGCUCGCCGUACGCCGGGCACCCUCCCCCGGACUCCAGCCUGAGUUCCAGCCCUUACGACUCUCUGCCGCCCUCGCCGACCCUGAGCGACGCCCACCCGCCGCCGUCGGGCUCGUCUUCGCUGUCCUCCUCCUCGUCCUCCAUCUCCUUCCCGCUCUCCGGCUUCACGUCCAGCGUCAAUUCCGCCGGAUCUCAGGGGAACGCGGACGGCAGCCCGGGCCACGCCGGCCACCCUCAUGGCCCCGGCCCGGCCUCGCUGGAGGAUCUGAUCUGGUUCGCGGCCCUGCAGCAGCAGUUUGGCGGAGAGCUCCCGGGGCCCGCCACCCUCCUGGGCGCCCUGGGCGACAGAGACAGGGUGCCGGUCAACGGCUUCCUGGGCUGCGAGGACGCCGUGGAGGCUUUGCUGAACUCGGCUGCUGCGGCCGUCACCUCCCAGUUUCCAGGUCUUUCUCAGAGCUCCAGCGGCGCCCUGGGAGACUCGGGCAGCGACAGCGGCGCCGACGUCUCCUGCCCCAAGGGCGGCGACAUGUGCCACCGACCGCUCGUCUUCCUGUCCAACCCCUCGCUCCCCAACGCCGCCGUGUCCGUCGGGUCGGCUCCCUACCCGCAACCCCUCAGCCCCCAGGGUCGCCUGGCCCCCCACCAGCAUCACCACCACCAGCACCACCUCCACCACACCAUGCACGGCGGCCAUCACCAUCAUCAUCAAGUCGCUCAGUGCGGCGGGAACGAUCGCUUCUCCGACGAGCAGCUGGUGAGCCUGUCGGUGCGCGAGCUCAAUCGCCACCUGCGCGGCGUCAGCAAGGACGAGGUGGUGCGCCUCAAGCAGAAGCGGCGCACCCUCAAGAACCGCGGCUACGCCCAGUCGUGCCGCUACAAGCGCUUGCAGCACCGCCACGCCCUGGAGUCGGAGAAACACGUGCUCACGCAACAGCUGGAGCAGCUUCAGUGCGAUCUGACUCGGGUGUUGCGGGAGCGCGACGCCUACAAGGCCCGCUACGAGAAGCUCCUCAGCGCCAACCAAGCCGAAGCUCAGACUGUCCGCGGCAGCAACGGCAGCAGCCAGCCUUCACCGCCCCCCGACUUCUUCCUCUGAGGUGACACCCCCCCCCCCCCCCCCCCCCCCCACAACCAGGGAGAGGGAAAGAAAAGAGCCAACAAGAAGCAAACAUGGAUGUUUGUGACAGUUCAUUAGUUGGGUUUGCUGCUUGGACUCACUUUGACUACACUGUGAAUUAUAGUUGCACUCGCUUUCGGGUACAGCAGUGCAACUGUGGACAGGGACAUGGUACACUAUUUGGACAAAAGUCUUGGGACACACCUCUUCAUUCAUUCAAUCAAUUCAUCAAUCAGAGGUUGGAUCAUGAAGUUGCAAUAUUAUGCGGAAAAUGUUCCAGUGUUGUGAGAAUACUUUUGUAAUAUUACAGGGAAAAAACAAUGACAAGGAUCAAAAAAAUAUUGAAUUUUUUUAAGUCAUAUUUUUGGUGAAUUAUGAAUAUUAGUUUGUCCUCGUAAAAUUAUUUGUAUGUAAUAUUAUGACUAUUUUCUCAAUAUUCCAGUAUAUUCUGGUGAAGUUGCACAUUUUUUAAUCCAAUAUUACGACUCUAUUCUCAUAUUCAGACAAAAUUUCCAAUUUUUAGAUAUUACGACUUUUGAUCUUUUUUCUCAAAAUGUCCUUUUUCUUCAUUCAACAUCAUGUUUUUAUUCUCGUAUAAUUCAGAUUUUUGCUAUUUUUCUCAAAGUCACGACUCUAUUCUCAAAAUAUUCAUAUUGUAAAAGUUUAAAUGCAAUAAUAGGACUUUAAAAAUCUCAUGUGAAAUGUUGCUUUAUUCGCGCAAUCUCAAUCUGGUUUUCAUUAAAUUACACACAGAAAGUCAAUUGAAUAUGACGACUUUAUUCUAAUAAAAUUCUAUUUUUCUAAAGUAAUUUUGGAAGCUUAAUAACAAAAUAUGCCCAUUUGCAAUAUGAGAAAAAUAUUUCAUUUAAUAUUUCAACUUCAUUUUUUAAUAUUUUUUUAUUUAUUCUCGUAAAAUUAAAAAGAAUUCAUGCAAAAUUCAGAUUUUAUUCUAACAAUAUUACAAUUUGAUUUUCAUAAAAUGUAAUUUUUUUCCAUCUCAUGUUAUGACUUUAUUUUCAUAAUAUUCAAACUUUAUAUGUAAUAGUACAAAUUUAUUAUUGGAAUAUUACAAUGUUAUUCUCUUUAAAUUACAAAUGUAAUUCUCAUUUUAAAAAUUACAUUAACGUAAACUGACAACUUUGUUCCCAUAAAAUUACAAUAACCAAAAAUGUAAAAUUAGGGCCUUUAUUCAUAUAAAAUUGCAAUUGACUUUCUACUUUAUUUUUGUGUGUAUUGUCUACCAAGACAAUUGCAUAUUUCAGUUAAAGAAACAACUCCACACUUUUUUCCAUCAUGACUUCCUGUUAACACAUUCACUGCCAUUGACGGCUUUAGACGUCAAAUAUUAACUGGGAAGACUGGCAGUGAAUGAGUUAAUGCACUCACCACAUGUCCCAAUACUUUCGUCCAUAUAGUGAAUUUGAAAUGGACUUACCUUGCAUUAACACCGCUGAGCAUUUGAUCUAUGCAAAGAUCUCGAGGCCUGCAAUAGUCUCCAAUAGAGGCUUCGAGGCUGAAAAUGUAGUUAUUUUUAUAUAUAUAUAUAUAUAUCCUGUUUCUAUAAACUGUAUAAGAGGCUGCUAAAGAGUAGUGCAGUGGUGCUGGCUAACGAAGUUUGGAUGAAGCAUCCGUGGCAUGCAGUUAAUAUUUCACAGUUGCCUACCAAAGUGUUCCAGCUCUUUUUUGUCGGAUUGAAGAAUGUAUGACGGGAAUCUUCCUAUGAUUGUGCUCAAGCCGGAACAAGAAGCACUUUUUUUUUUUUUUUUUUUUUUGGGAGGAAGGGGGUCAUUUUGCUGUUUUGCUUCUUGGGUUUGGACAUACAAGAGCUGCUGCUUGAAAGGAGUGCUCAUCUUUUACAGGGUUAUCGCAGCACAGUGUGUGAUUUGUGUGCGACUUCUGUGGUUGUGUCCAGUUCUAAGCUAUCCUCGGCACAAAAUUGACCGCAAUGGGCACGUUGAUAAUUCUGAUCAUAAUAAUGUGUUUCUAUUGAAGCUGCAAGCAGCGAUGAAUAUGCCCUGGUAUCGCCGUUUUCAAGACAAACGCUCAAAAUGAUCAUCAAACUUUGACGCCGUGCUUCGCCCACAUUAGAUAGCCUAGGCAAAAAAGCUUGGUAAUCUAGCGUUGCCGACUUCCUGUUGGAUUUCGGGCAUGGGUCCUUGAGACUUUUUCCUGCAACCGGUUAUGAUAGACAAGUCCACCCAAUUUAGUGUUGAUGGGAGAAACUGAUAUCAGGGGCUGAUUUUGAUUUUCAUGUUUUCAAACUUUCCAGGUGGCACUACUGUGUGAACUUUGGGGCGUUGUGUUCGGAACCCUUGCGACACAUAAUUAUUCACCAGGAUACGUGGGGUUGCCAAAAUUGAUGCAGUUUCGGGCAAGUUGAAUCCCCCAAAAGGCCAUUCUUUCAUAGGAAUAACAAUUAAAGCUGCAAGCAGUAAUGAAUUGGACCUCACACUCCCUUUUUCAAGGCAAACACUCAAAAUGAUCUUCAAAUUUUGCCGCCGUGCUCCGCCCACAUUAGAUGCCGCAGGUAAAACAAGCUUGCUAAUUUAGCGGGGACCAUCAGUAUAGGAUAACCGUUACCGAUUGGGGCUUAUUUGGGUGAAUUCAAUACUUGGGAGUUUGUUCGUGUAAAAGAUCUGGAAUUCACCUGAAAUGGCGGCUUCAAAUCAAAAUGGCCAACUUGGGUUUCACUUUAGGGCAUGGGUCCUUCAGACUUUUUCAUGCGCCCUAUUGUAAUAGACAUGACCGCCCAAUUGGUGUUGAUCGGUGGAACUGGUGUCAAUUCACCCCAAAAUGGCUGCUUCUUGUUCAAUUUUGGGCAUGGGUCCUUGAGACUUUUUCAUGCGUCCUGUUAUGAUAAACAUGUCCACCAUAUUUAAUGUUGAUCGGCAAAACCGGUGUCCUAGGCUGACUUUUUUUUUUUUAAAUAACUUUCCAGGGGGCGCUACUGAGUGAAUUUUGGGGCAUUGUGUUCUGAACCCCUAAAACACAUAAUAUUCACCUGGAUACAUGGGCUUGCCAAAAUUGGUGCUUUUUCGAGCAAGUCGAGUCCCCCAAAAAGCCCCGUCUGGUGUUUGGGUCCUAAUCAUUAAUGACGCAGGGAUAACAAUCGACUCAUGGAGACAUUCAAUCAUUGACAGGGUGGAUGCAUUAGAGCUUUUUUUUCUUUUCUUUUUUUUGGGGUGUAGAAUAAAUAAGUUGCUCUUUUAUUUAUUCACUUAUUUAUUCCGUAUUUAUUGAUUGUUUCAUUUUGUGCUCAUUCUAAUCAUUUGAUCCCAUUAGUGUGUAUUUGACUUUCUUACUCUUGGUUUUACCCACCGGUGGUUAGAAGAAACACAAAUGACAACGGCCAUCGUGACGGGUUCCCGCUCCUACUGUAGUGUGGUUUCACAUUCAAUAAACUUGACAUACUUUACCAUA